UUUUCCUUAAUUAUGUUUUUGUAUUGAUCAUGUGUCAAAUUGGGUUUUUAGUUCUCUGAAUUGUGGUUGUGUUGAAAAUGAGUGUCUAUGUUCAAUGUACUUAGAACUAAUGUUUUGGGUUUGGUUUUGGGUGUAUAUACAUUCAAUGUAUAUUGCACAAUUUUCAGGACAUGUGUGUUUGAUAAGAUUUUGUUUUGGUCUCUUUUUUAUGAAAAGCUAUAAAACUCAUUUCUACUACCUUUUUGUGCUCUAGUUCAAGUUUAUCACCAAACUUUUCUGAUUUUAAUCUUCAAAACAAAACAACCCCUUUUUGUCGAGGUAAAGUUUUCAAGAAUAAAUGUCGGUGGCGUUCACCAAUCUCUCAUGGUGGUUAUGGAGUGGAAAACAUCAAGAACCAAGAAUCUCCUCAAAAGGGACAUCAAUAAAUUCUUCAACAGAUUUGAACAUGUUGGAAUCUGAGGUAAUGAGAUUUCCUUUGGUGCAAGCAAACAUAGGAUCAUCAUCAAAAAAGGUGAAGAGAAAAUGGAAUAGUAGGGAAGAGAGGAGGAAAGUAGAUAGGGAAUAUGAUGUUGUUCUUGUUCCAUCUGAUGGUGGAUGUGUUUCUGGUUCUGAAUCUGAUGAUUCUGAUUGGUCAAUUGGAUGGUUGGAACCUCAUGGACCUGGUUUUCCAAGUGAUGAUGAAACUGAUAAUAGUUUUGCAGUGUUGGUUCCUUGUUAUGGAAGAGAUUAUGGUAGAAUUGAAGAGGAUACUAAAAGCAACUUACUCAAUGGUGUUGGACAUUUUUUAGAUAGUUAUUCUGAUGAAAGCAAGAAAUAUGUGGAAAACUGGCUAUCUUCUAUUCGAAAUACCUGACACACUAAUCCUCAUCAUUUUGAUCCUGUAUCUUCAUGACAAAAUCCUCUGAUCUUAAGCCAGCAAAUAAUUUGUAUAUUGUAAAUAGUGUAAAAAAAAAAAAGAGCACUGGUAUGUGAUGUGAUGUCUAAUAUGAUUGGUAAACUUCUUGGAUAAUAAUUGAAACCUAUGAGGAGAAGACAUUGUCAAGAAUAAAGCAAUUGUGGUAGUGAUUUUGCAUUGAAAAUGAUGUGUAGCUUCUGUUCUUUUCUUGCUUUGAGUGAGAAUCACAACAAUGUGGUGAAAUUGGGAGCAAGAGAAACAUGUUUGAAGUGUGGUGGUGACUUUGUAGUUUGAAAUUUGUUGAUGUAAAUAUCAAUGUAGAUAUGAGAAUUGAUUGAAUGCUCAAUCAGUGUUCUCGAAUUUGUACAUAAAUUUUGUAUAAUAAUAUAAGUUUAUUUUGUAUA